AUGCUUACUAACAAUCAGGCGCACCAGCAGCCAUUUCGUACUGUCUCACUUAGUUACCAGCGGGGGUCGAUUCCAUCGGCUUCUCCUAUUUCUCAUGCGUGGGGGCACAGAGUUGUGCUGAACCAGGUGACAGCGAACUCCAAUGAUCCUUCUACUGGGCAUCCAUCCGGCAGAUCCUCCCGUAGCUGCGCACACAGACAAACUAGUGAGCAUGUGGUGCCGCUCUUAGUGACUGUGAAACCUUUGGUAGUGGAUACUGACCAGCGAGUGUCUCAUGGAUCUGCAAGGUCUGUGUCGCCGCUGGCUUUGCGUGCAACGAGCCAGAGCACGUACAGGCUUGUUCCGGUUGACAAUACCGCGCGUCUUCUUCGCCAGCAUCCGCCAGGAUCCUCCUUCAGGCCCCUUACCACGUCUCUUACCUCAAUGGCCCCACCUUCAACGUCUUCAACUACGGAGCGCCUUCCGCAUGCUGUCGACACAGCCGAUGCUAGUGCUAGGUUUGUUGAGAGGGAGCCCGAUCCAGAUAUUAAAUCGGGGCAACCCACUGAGCCUAUGGCCGAGGGGCCGGAGGCAUCAGAGUCCAGGAUGUAUGUGCGAGGAAGGUUUAUUUACACUCCAGAAGAGACGGAUAUCAACGACAAUAGCUGCAUAAGCUUUGCAUACUGA